UGCUGAUGGAGGGAGGACGUAGGUCCCGUCGCUCCUGUGUUUAGUGAGAGAAAUACCCUUUAGGGACCCCCUUCAGGGACCCCUGUUGUCCCUGGGGCCCCUCACUCAUAAUAAACUUGUAGAGCAGGAAAAAAGUGACGUAAGUGGCCCCUGGAUACAACAAGAUCACGUGACCUUUAUAUUCUGCUAUGUUAAUUGAUUGUGAACAUGUUGAAACAUGUGAGUUAUCGCUCCAGCUCUUCCUUGAGUCGAGGAUCAACUGAGCUGUCGUGUCGAGGGUCAAGCAUGACCUCUGACAGUGUCUCCUGCUCGCCUCGGCUCACCCUCAAGGGAGGUCACAGUCUCCUCCCUGACACUGUGUCCCUCAAGGGUGACAUUGACUCCGUCAAGGGUGAUACUGGCUCCUUCAAGGGUGAUACUGGCUCCUUCAAGGGUGAUACUGGCUCCUUCAAGGGUGAUACUGGCUCCUUCAAGGGUGAUACUGGCUCCUUCAAGGGUGAUACUGGCUCCUUCAAGGGUGAUACUGGCUCCUUCAAGGGUGAUACUGGCUCCUUCAAGGGUGAUACUGGCUCCUUUAUGGGUGACACUCUCUCCUUGAAGGGUGACACUCUCUCCCUGAAGGGUGAGUCUCUCUCCCUCAAGGGUGACACUUUCUCCCUCAAGGGUGACACUUUCUCCCUCAAGGGUGACACUCUCUCCCUCAAGGGUGACACUCUCUCCCUCAAGGGUGACGACUUCAUGGACUCCAUUAGUCUUCAGUCAACGUUGAGUUUCACCUCGUUGAUGACUGGGAGGUUCCCCUCGACAACCUCACUUAACGAACAGCACACCACGCCCGUGAAAGUCUACCUCAGAGCUCUACGUCCCGACAUUGAGUACAAGACCAUGAGUUUGUCUACAUCUACGACGUGUCGACAGAUGAUUGUCCUACUGUUAGCCAAGUUUCGUCUACGUCAUCGUGACCCCAACCUCUUCUACAUGACUAUGGAGGUGGUGGUUCGUGCCCCGGGGGGCGCUGCCCCCGCCAGACGUCUUCUGGUGCUGGACGACCAUGCCUGUCCGGCUGAGCUUCAGCAGUGUCGACCCAGGGGUGAGGCACGCUUCAGUGUAGCUGUUAGACGGGGUGGUCUACUGAGAGUCUACGAUUCUGUACUUAUGCCUGGGUCGCAGUACAAGUCACUGUUGGUAUCUUACCGUACAACAGCUGAACAACUGGUCCAGCUGUUGUUAAACUGCUACAGCAACAAGGAGAACCCCCAGCACUACAUUCUACACGAGGUCAACAAGAACCCCUACAGCGAUCGUCCUCUGAGGUGUGAUGAAUGUCCUCUGGUGAUUCAGAGUGACUGGCCCAGAGCCUCCAGAGCCAACCUCUCCUUCGUCCUUCGAAGGAAUAUAUCCUACGCUCUCAGUCUUAAGUCUAGAGUGUCAUGGCGUCGAAGUCUCGAUCAGUCGAGUACCGACACAGAGUCGGAACAUGAAGACCACAACACUACCAUUAAUAGUCUUGUCUCAGCUUCCAGUGUAUCCUCAGCUCUCAGCACCUCCUCGAACGGAAGCUUAUCCUCAACGACCAGUGGGAUCUUCUCCUCCAGUAGUGGUGUGUCCUCUGGAGCUCUUAGUGAUUCCUCGGGAUUUACACCUUUGUCUUCACCUUCUAAGGCUCUUCAAAUCAGUAUUACCCAGAAAGAGAUUCAGAUCAGUCGUGAACCUUCUUUGUGUUCAGUCACAUCUGAACCUCCAGCCUCUUCCUUGAGUUCGAGAGUGCCUCGCACACCUCCAAACACUCCAGUCAUUCAUGAACCUCCUCUGUGUCCAGUCACAUCUGAACCUCCAGCCUUUUCCUUGAGUUCGAGAGUGCCUCACACACCUCCAAACACUCCAGUCAUUCAUGAACCUCCUCUGUGUCCAGUCAUAUCUGAACCUCCAACCUCUUCCUUGAGUUCGAGAGUGCCUCACACACCUCCAAACACUCCAGUCAUUCAUGAACCUCCUCUGUGUCCAGUCACAUCUGAACCUCCAGCCUUUUCCUUGAGUUCGAGAGUGCCUCACACACCUCCAAACACUCCAGUCAUUCAUGAACCUCCUCUGUGUCCAGUCACAUCUGAACCUCCAGCCUCUUCCUUGAGCUUGAGAGCGCCUCGCACACCUCCAACGCCAUUCCCAAGAACGAUACUUAACACCUCGACCUCCAAGAGCAAGUCCUUACCAACCCUGUUUAUCCCUGAGACCUUAAGAGCGGCCCCAGAGUUCUGCUAUCAGAAGAACAACAGUCAUUUCAUUAAUCCUGUCUCCACAAAGUCGUCCCUAUCUACUGUGGGUUCUUGUGCCUCACUCAUGGGUUCUAGGGUACCUACCGUGGGUUCUAGGGUACCUACCGUGGGUUCUAGGGUACCUACCGUGGGUUCUAGGGUACCUAUCGUGGGUUCUAGGGUACCUACCAUGAGUUAUUGUCCCUCCACUACGAUUUCAUUUCUUUCCACAACACAUUUCUGCAUUUCUACAUCUCCCACCUCCUACAGUGCCACAACCUCUCCACACACCUCCUACAGUGCCACAACCUCUCCACACACCUCCUACAGUGCCACAACCUCUCCACACCACCUCCUACAGUGCCACAACCUCUCCACACACCUCCUACAGUGCCACAACCUCUCCACACACCUCCUACAGUGCCACAACCUCUCCACACACCUCCUACAGUGCCACAACCUCUCCACACACCUCCUACAGUGCCACAACCUCUCCACACACCUCCUACAGCACCACAACCUCUCCACACACCUCCUACAGUGCCACAACCUCUCCACACACCUCCUACAGCACCACAACCUCUCCACACACCUCCUGCAGCACCACAACCUCUCCACACACCUCCUACAGUGCCACAACCUCUCCACGCACCUCCUACAGCACACAACCUCUCCACACACCUCCUACAGCACCACAACCUCUCCACACACCUACAGCACCACAACCUCUCCACACACCUCCUACAGUACCACAACCUCUCCACACAUCUCCUACAGCACCACAACCUCCCCACACACCUCCUACAGCACCAUAACCUCCCCACACACCUCCUACAGCACCACAACCUUUCCACACGCCUACUACAGCACCACAACCUCUCCACACACCUCCUACAGCACCACAACCUCCCUACACACCUCCUACAGCACCACAACCUCUCCACACACCUACAGCACCACGAAAUCCCCCACACACCUCCUACAGCACCACAACCUCUCCACACACCUCCUACAGUACCACAACCUCCCCACACACCUCCUACAGCACCACAGCUUCCCCACAACCUCCUACAACACCACAACCUCCCGACACACCUCCUACAGCACCACAACUUCCCCACAUACCUCCUACAACACCACAACCUCCCCACGCACCUCCUACAGCACCACAACCUCCCCACACACCUACAGCACCACAACCUCCCCACACACCUCCCACACUACUACACCCUCCCCACACACCACCCACACCACUACAACCUCCCCACACACCUCCCACACUACUACACCCUCCCCACACACCACCCACACCACUACAACCUCCCACACACCUACACCUCCCACACCACCACAACCUCCAAACACACCUCCCCCACCACUACAACAUCCUCACACACCUCCCACACCACUACAACCUCCCCACACACCUCCCACACCACUACAACCUCCCUACACACCACCACAACCUCCCCACACACCUCCCACACAACCACAACCUCCCCACACACCUCCCACACCACCACAACCUCCCCACACACCUCCCACACUACUACAACCUCCCCACACACCUCCCACACCUCCACAACCUCCCCACGCACCACCACAACCUCCCCACGCACCACCACAAACCACCCCACACACCACCACAACCUCCCCACACACCACCACAACCUCCCCACACACCACCACAACCUCCCCACACACCACCACAACCUCCCCACACACCACCACAACCUCCCCACACACCUCCCACUCCACUACAACCUCCCCACACACCUCCCACACCACCAAAAGCUCCCCACACACACCACCACAGCUUCCCCACACACCACCACAAUCUCCCCACACACCACCACACCUCCCCACACACCACCACACCCUCCCCACACACCUCCCACACCACCACAACCUCCAAACACACCUCCCCCACACUACAACCUCCUCACACACCUCCCACACCACUACAACCUCCCCAACACCUCCCACACGACUACAACCUCCCUACACACCACCACAACCUCCCACACAUCUCCCAAACCUCCACAACCUCCCCACACACCUCACACACCACCACAACCUCCCCACACACCACCACAACCUCCCCACACACCACCACAACCUCCCUACACACCACCACAACCUCCCCACACAUCACCACAACCUCCUCACACACCACCACAACCUCCCCACACACCACCACAACCUCCCCACACACCUCCCACACCACCACAACCUCCCACACACCUCACACACCACCACAACCUCCCUACACACCACCACAACCUCCCUACACACCACCACAACCUCCCCACACACCUCACACACCACCACAACCUCCCUACACACCACCACAACCUUCCCACACACACAACAAGCUAGACCUCUACCUGGCAGAAUCAAAUGCUGUCUUAACUACAACUCAACGAUGUAUAUAUAAUCUACGUCCCAACAACACCUGUGUACCUCUGAUAUACACUGAUAGGUGUAUAUCUCAGUGUAUAUACACUGAGAGGUGUAUAUCUCAGUGUAUAUACACUGAGAGGUGUAUAUCUCAG